AUGUCACAACCUGUAACAAAGAAAGAUUCACCUUUGGUCAUGGCCAUUAAGGAUAUCGUCGCCGGUUCAAUUGGUGGCGUCGGUCAAGUCAUCACAGGUCAUCCACUCGAUACCGUCAAGGUCAGACUUCAAACACAAUCAGUUGGUUCUCCACUAUACUCUGGCACACUAGAUUGUUUCAAGAAGACCAUUGCCAAUGAAGGUUUUGCAGGAUUAUAUAAGGGUGUACAAUCACCAUUGGUUGGCCUAUGCUUUAUGAAUGCCGUGAUGUUCUUGGCAUACGGUCAGGCAAAGUCAUACAUUCAGAAGCCUGGAAAGGAGUUGACUGUGUCAGAGUUGACGAUGGCUGGUGGUGUGGCCGGUGCCACGAUCGCCUUUGUCGAGUGUCCAUUCGAUCUGUUCAAGAGUCAGCUGCAGGUACAGGUGUCAGAGGGCGCCAACAGACAGUACACUGGACUGGUGGACUGCGCCUCAAAGAUAUACAAGGCCCGUGGUAUCCAGGGUAUCUACAUGGGUCUGGUGCCAACAAUGGCCAGGAACGUGCCAGCCAACGCCGCCUACUUUGGCGCGUACGAGCUGGCCAGACGCAUGCUGCUGGACGACGGCCAGAAGCUGUCCCAGCUGCCCGCCUGGAAGGUUAUGCUGGCCGGUGGCAUUGGAGGCAUGUCCUACUGGACCCUGACGUACCCCAUUGAUGUGAUCAAGUCAUCGAUCCAGACCGACAGCAUCAUCCCAUCACAGCGUCGCUACGCUGGCUUCAUCGACUGUGCCUCCAAGAUCUACCGUCAGCGCGGUCUUGCCGGCUUCUACGUUGGAUUCACACCUUGUUUCAUCAGGUCCAUGCCGGCCAAUGCCGCAUGCUUUGUCCUCUAUGAGCAAGCCAGUCAAGUCAUGGCUGGUCUCUAA